AGUAGUCGCUGCGUAAUCGACCAUGGCGGACUCUGCGUACUCGUUCAGUCUGACGACCUUCAACCCGUCGGGAAAGCUGCUGCAGAUCGAGUACGCGCUCAACGCCGUGAACACUGGCGGCAAGACGUCGCUGGGCAUCCGCUGCAAAAACGGCGUCGUGAUCGCCACGGAGAAGAAGCUGCCCACGAUCCUCGUGGACGAGGACUCGCACAAGAAGAUCGCGGUGCUGUCCGAGCCCGCCGGCAUCGUGUACAGCGGCCUGGGCCCCGACUACCGCGUGCUGGUGCGCAAGGCGCGCAAGAAGGCGCAGACCUACUUCCAGAAGUACAAGGAGCACGCGCCCGCCAGCAUUCUCGUGCGCGAGAUCGCCGCCGUCAUGCAGGAGUUCACGCAGUCGGGCGGUGUGCGCCCCUUCGGCGUCUCCAUCCUGUACGCGGGCUACGACGACGACGGCCCGCAGCUGUAUCAGAUUGACCCGUCGGGCGCCUACUUCGGCUGGAAGGCCACGGCCAUCGGCAAGGACUCGGUCAGCGCCAAGACGUUCCUCGAGCGGCGUUACAACGACGACCUGGAGAUUGAAGACGCCAUCCACACGGCGCUGCUGACGCUGCGCGAGGGCUUCGAGGGCGAAAUGGACGAGACGAACAUUGAGGUGGGCAUCAUCAAGGAGGACAAGAAGUUCCACGUGCUCACGCCCGCGGAGGUGAAGGACUACCUGGAGCAGGCGGAAUAAGUUGGUGGCACGUUACAGUGUCGACCGGCAGCUUUGUUUUGGACGGUUGGGCGGCGCCGGCUAGAGCUGGGAGAGUAGGUUGUCACUGCUGGAGCGACGCAGCGUUUUUUUUCUCCGGUGAAGCACGAGUUACUGCAAGGCUGUGGUGACCGACAGGC